CAAGUGUGGAAUGUGAUCAAAUUUCCAAAACUGAUAAGACACUACACAUGUACACUAUAAAGGUCGGCUUAAAAUACGUCUGGUCAUCAAUAUUCUAACUCUUGUCAAGAUGAUUUCAUGCGUUAUUUCUUUAUUUGUGUUGGUGCCAUUGGUAUUUAGUUGCUGUAUCCCUAGUCAAUGGGAAGGACUGACAGGUUUAGCAAUGGGACAAAUUAAAGAUGGAAAACCAAGCAGCAUUGAGGCCUUACUAAAUAUAUCGUUUGACGCUACUGCAAAGAAAAUAUUUGUCGCCGGUAGUAUAACUGUUGAUGACAAAAGCUACGACGAACAAGUUCUUCAAGAUUUCAGCACAGGUAAACAGUACGUUGUUGUUUCCGGACAGUGUAUUGCUACUGCAAUAACAGAGCCAUUUCCACAGACAUGCACUAGUCCUAGUGCUAAGAAGUUGGCGACAACAUUCGUUGGUGCUGGGCAGAAUAAACUUAUUGUGGAACUGUACAAUGACGAUGUGGAUGGGAAGAAAACUGACAUAACGGUAUUGCAGGGAUCAUGUAUUCCUGUCUCAGCCUAUCAAAAAUCCGGACAGACCGUAACAUUUAUUAAUUAUCUCGGAAUAACUGCAGGGAUCAGCAACGCCACUAUUUUUGACAUCCCGAAACCAUGUAAAAAUGCCACUAUCAUGCCGGGAAGUACAAGACAUUUCAAAUCUACUGUAUUGUUCCGUUAGGAGGAAACCUUUACUUUGAAUAACUUUAAAAGUCAGAAAAUUGUUUAAAUUGCUGUCAAAUUUUAAUAAUAAUCUACUUUUUAUACUGUCUUGAUUGUCUUAAUUUUGAAAUAAAGACCACAUAACGAU